UAUCAAAAUCAGAUUGGUGCUUGAUUAGACGUAAACGCUUAUUUUCGCAUCAAGUUCAUUUUAACGUUGACAGGAAAUCGAAUACACGAGUUGAACCGAUAUUUUCAAGAAAAUCAGAAUGUCACUUGACGGUCAGGGAUCCCCACCUAAAGAGAUUGAAGACAUACCUCUCGACGAAGACGAUGAUGACCUUAUGGAUGAAACCAUUGUUGAGAGAUUGGUUGGUUUAACGGAAAUGUUUCCUGAAGGCCUUAGAAAUUUCUGCAGUCAAGCUGUCAGUUUAUCAGGAAAAUAUACAGUACAAGGAUAUGGUCUGACCAGGAACUUACUGUGGGUUGCCACAUCUGCUGCAACACUUUUAGUCUUACCUGUUGUUUUUGAAAAAGAAAGGGCUCAACAUCAAGAACAACAAAGACAGCAAGAAAGACAGAUAUUGCUGGGACCAAAUGCUGCUAUGGGUGGAAGUUCUCCCAUGAUGCCAGGAAUGAUGCCACCAAUGCCACCAACAUCAUGAUAAAAAACAAUAUUAGCAUUUAUGUAUUUGGAUGAGUGUUAGACUGAAUGUGUGUAUGUUUGCAGUAGUAAUUGUACAAACCAUUUUAAUAUUAAAUUGAUGUUGAAAAGAG